AACUUAGCCUAACUCGCACACGAUCUAAGAUAAAGCGUACAUAAUAAUCAAUAGAUUGUGAACGCACUUAAUACGCAAAAGGGUAACACUGAUGUGUAAAUAUUUUGCAGCAGGUGUACCCUUGCAGAUGCAAAGAAUUUCGUUACAGUAAUGCCGCGAAAAAGUGAAAGAGCAGAAAUUACUAAAUUUCUGAUUGAGAAUACAAUCUUGAAAUUAAGAUCAGUUGAAGAUGCCACUAGCAUUUAUGAUGAUGCCGAUGAAAUAAUGGACGAGUUUCAUGACAAUUUAUUAAUAGUGCUUUCUAAUCGCUAUUGUAUUCGUACGCCGUCAAAUAGUGUUCCAAAAUUACUGGAUUGGCAUAAGAACGUUUUACCACAUAUGAAUGAUAAUCAGUUUAAAGAAAUGCUUCGAGUUAAUAGAGAACAAUUUCAACAUUUACUUACGUUGAUUGAAAAAAGUGAAGUUUUUCAAAAACCUUAUUCAAACAAACAACUGCCUAUUGAAUUACAGUUGGCAAUUGUUUUAUAUCGGUUGGGUUCUGCUUCAGAAAAUGUUUCUACACGAAAAAUUGCAAAUUUAUUUGGUAUAGGCGGUGGAGGUACAGUGGACAAAAUUACUCGAAGAGUAUUCGAAGCAUUUUUCAAUAUACUUGGAAAAUAUAUACGUUGGCCGAAUGAAGUGGAACGAUCAAAAAUCGUGAAAGAUACAUUUAAUGAAUUACCACAUUGCAUUGGAUACAUUGAUACAAUGGAAAUUAAGUUUGCUGAACCUCCCACACGAGACCCAAAAACCAAAUAUAAAAUGUGUACAAACAAACUACAAAUAGUAUGUGAUGAAAAACUUAGAAUAAGACACGCAGUUGUAGGAGAUCUAGGUACCUUUAAUGAUGCUGAGAUAUUUAGAAAUAGUGUGAUAUAUAAGAAUCCAAGAAAAUUUUUUUCUGAUGAGCAGUGGAUAGCUGGAGACUCUACAUAUCCUUUGUUGGACCAUGUUAUCACACCUUAUAGUAAAAAUUCAGAUUAUAUGGAUGAGACAAGUAGAUCUCAAUUUAAUAAACAGCAUAGCAAAUAUAGAGUAAGGGCAGAGUAUUGCAUUAAUUUACUGAUGGAAAGAUUUUGUAGUCUUAAGGAGCUUAGGUUACGCGUUGACAAUAAAAGAGGUGAAGACUUGUGCAAGAAAUGGGUCCUAAUCUGUUGUAUGUUACACAAUAUUUUAUUAAGCGACGAUAAAGAUUUUAAACACAUUUUAUCUUCCAAACGAAAAAACUAUGAUAUUGAAGAUCCUUGCGAUGGUAUUUCGCAUGCAACAUACAGUUCAGAAAAUAAACGCCGAAAAAUAUUUCAUAAAAUGUUUAGCUAAAUACUUUUUUUGAUAAAAUUUUAAUUUAUUGU